UCUCAUUACUUGAUAACUUCCAAAACAAAACGUGGAAGUGAACAGAACAUAUUUUUCACAAAUUAUAAAUUAUUUUAUGUUUAAAAUAGUGAAUUUAUCAAUAAUUUAAACUAAUAAAGUAUGGUUUUAUUAGAGAAUGACGUCUUUUUAACUGAAUUGACCAAGUUAUUUCAAAAAGCGAGACAAACCGGGUCUGUUAUGAUGACUUUUAAACGAUAUGAUGGUUAUGAUAAACCAAUACCAAGGCGUGGAAAUCCUCCACUUCCAGAACCACAGGAACACAUGUGCAUAGUUAGAGCGAAAUCUAGGACAAAGAAAAUCUCCACUGUCAUUCAUCAAAAAGAUAUCAAUAAAUUUCAGGUUGCUUAUAGCAGUUUAUUGAAGGGUAAUUUAGAUGGAUUGAAGAAAUUGAAGAAACCGAAAGCUAAAAGUAAAGCGGAAUAAGAUAAGUGAAAGGAUUUGAAAAAGAUCGGGGUGAAAUGCGUUUUAGAAUUAAGAUUUUUUUUGUAUGUUAUGGAAGAUUUUUUUAAGUUAUGUUUAAUGAAAAAAAUAAAUCAUAUUUUGAGAACCUUAA